AUGGGUCACACCUCAUCCAUUUACAAUGCGCCAUCUAUCUCGAUUACGGCUACUCAACUCCACCUCCAUUUACGAUACCCCUCGGUUCUGCCAUUUGGACGGCUGUCAAAUCCCCACAAUGUGAAAUUGACGGUGGUGAUUCGGCUUAUGUACCCUUCAGUUUCUCAUAGCUUUGUUAGCACGCGUGCUCCAUUACCGGCUUGGCUGCAGCACCCAAUGGCUUGCAGCCGGCUCCUGAUCAAAGCACAAGCAGCACAGCCAAAUACACAGCCACAAUUCACAGAACAUGAACAAUUGAAGUGCCCAAGGUGUGAAUCCACGAACACAAAAUUCUGUUAUUAUAACAACUACAACCUCACUCAGCCGCGCCACUUCUGCAAAAAUUGCCGGAGGUACUGGACUAAAGGAGGCGCUCUUAGAAAUAUCCCUGUCGGCGGCUGCUCUAGGAAGAACACUAAGCGCACUUCCUCCUCCUCCUCCAUCUCUUCUUCCCGAAACAACCACCCCAAACGCCCAGCGCUCUCCUCCACCGUCUCCACGACGGCCGUGUCUGCACCAUUAGCAUCCACUUCUACUACGGCUGUAAUCACUGAAUCGUUGCCGCUGAAGGCACAAAAUUAUGGUGGCCAGUUUGAGAAUUUAAUGGACUUCAGCUCACUUCUGGAGUCAAGUGGAGGGCAAUUCAAUGAUUUGCUCAAUGGUCCGAGCCCUAAUUGUUCAAAAAUGCAGUCAAGAGAACUGGUUGGCGAUCAAGAUCAAUGUUCGGGUCAUAAUAUGGACCUCCAAUUGGUGUUGGAGGGUGGGAAUGACAAUAAUGCAGAUGGGUACCUAAAUAUUCAGUGUGGCGGCGGCGGCGGCGAUUCUAGUUGUUGGAAUGGUGGCGAAGGCUGGCCUGACCUUGCUAUUUACAACCAGGUUCAACUUUUCAGUAAUAAAAAGUACUAA